GUUUGCAUAAGUUUGUUCUUACUUACUCGUGCCACUCAUUUUCAAGCCUUCAUUUACUGUCUUUAUUUAGUAUUGUUAGUUAUAUCUUACCACCGACAUUUCGUUUGUUUGUCUUCGUCGUAUCAUCAAAGCCUUGAAAGGCUUCUUUAGAUAACCUGUUUGUCAAGUAUACUCAAGCUCUUGCUUUUUAACAAACCUUGGUAUCUCCCACGCUCCUUUUCCUCUUUUCCUUUUGUUCUCUUUCUCACACGUCAAAAUUUAAAUAACAAAUCGCAAAUACAAUUUUUCGCUUAUAUCAUAGUUCGCCUCUAUAAAUUACAAGAAUGGCUCGAGCUACAUAUAUACUCGGACUUGGGUCAAUUAUCCUUGGUCAAUUGACACCUUCUUUAGCACAAGUGGUGACUGAUGUAGUAUCAAUUACGGACACAUCAACAAUAAUUUCUUGCGCAGACACUGUGACGAAUUGUCCAGGAAAGUCGACUGCUACUGGUUAUGGAGCUGGUGUGACAUCUACUCCAGGCGUGGCAUCGGAAGUCGCAUCUGAAACAUCAAGUUGGGUAGCAUCUUCAACUCCGGCAACAUAUACAGCUCCGGCAGCAGAAGCCUCUACUGUAACCGUUACCGAGACUGUAACUGGAGAUUGCGGUGCCUCUGCUGGUUACGAAGUAGCUAGUUCAAGUUCAAGUUCAACAAAUUCUAUGUGGUGGCCAGCAGCAUCAGAAACAGCUGUCUCUGGAGUAGCUUCGUAUACUCAAGCAAACACAUCCUCAGCUUCUAGCUGGACCAGUGCCGCGGCAUGGGGAACUGGAGCCACAGCCUCCUCUAAAUACACAUGGGGGACCGGUGUAACAUCGUCUGCCAUUGUUCCAACUUAUGCCUCCGACAUUACUUCCCACACUACCAUCCAAAUUACCUCGGAUCAAUCAGUCACUCUCACAACUUACUCAACCUCCACCGUCCAAACCAAGACCAGCGGUUCCACAGUAUGGACCACUACGACCGGAUGGCUCACCGUUGUUACAUGCGAUGCCUCCACUGGCAGCGCAUAUGCCACCGGUUACGGAUCCGGUUAUUCAGCAGGCACAGGCUACUAUGGAACCGGGACUUUAGUCGGUCCUUAUAAUAACUCGACCAAAAUAGGAACAGGAACUGCAGCCUUGGAAACUUCAGCCAUGGAAACUUCAGCCAUGGAAACUUCAGCCAUGGAAACUUCAGCCAUGGAAACUUCAGCCAUAACCACUGCAGGCGGCUAUGGUAGCUCCAUCUUAUCAGCCAGCACUGCGACCUCUGCUUUGGAAAGUAAAUCUCAAUCAACACUUUAUAUCAAUCCACCGUCUAGCACGGGAGUAGCAAGUGAUGCUACAGGGAUUAAUGGGACGACAGGGGCGCAACAAACUACCAUUUCGGCGGAUUCGGAUAAAGUGAGAAUUUCAUUUGUGGUAUUGGGAGUAGUGUGUUUGACGAAUUUGUUCUUGUUUUAAUCUGAGGAGCUUGGUUUUUGAGAACCUCUUUCUGGGCUCUGAUGGAAUGCAUGGAUUGAUUUUUAUGCUUUUCAUGCUUUCUGCCCUAGAGAUGGUAUGGGUUAGGGUAAGAUAUGAAUGAUGUAUUUGUACUACUAUAUGGGAGAAAUGGAAAGGACGAAAUCGUCGUCAUCAAGUCUUAUCUUGAUUACUUUCCUAAAGAUUUCAAGGGUUGUUCUUCAAGUGAAUUUGGGUUUGAGGAUCGAUACCCAGAUUUAUGGGUGGGAAUUUUGGUGUGGAGCUAUACGACGUCUAUCUUUGUUUGUACUUAGUAUAUCUGUAGAUGAAUAGCUGAGUAAUGGAGCUGGUUCAUCCGAUAUAAUCUACUGUGUUUUUUCGAUCGAAUGAGGAAACAAUUUGAACGACCCCGCAAGGAAAUAAAGAUUGCAAUCCGAGACUUUAUGAGCUCAGGUUUCAGGCACUUGGCAUUAUCAUCCUCCAAUAAUGGUUUUUUCAAUAGCAUGGCGAUGACGUGAUCAAGCAAUGAGAUAUCGCGAAUAGAGAUAUUGUGUGACUCUAUAAAUAUGAUUGAACUGACCCCUCAUCCUACACUAUCUCUAACAUCAUUCUAGUUAAUAGAAAAAUGGCAGCCCAGUAGACUUCUCACUUCUAACA